AUGAAAUUUUCUAUUACUAUAUUCUUUUUGGUUUUUUCUACUAAUAACAACUUUAUCCAAGGAUUCAUUUUUGGUAAUUCUGGUGGAAGUAAUUCUGGUGUAAGCAAUUCUGGAUGUUCCUGUAACCCAAAUCCACCAUGUUCACCACCACCUCCAUGUGUUCCAAAACAAAUCCCAGUAUGUGGAAGUAAUUCAAAUACAAUUCAAUAUGUUCCAUAUCAACCAUCAUCACCUUAUUUACAAAAAGUUUCUUCUUAUGCUUCAGGACCAUUAUCAACAUAUUCUUCACAACCAUCAAUGUUACCUUAUGCUAGUACACAACAACCCCAAUUAAUGCCUUACUUUAAUCAAGAACGAGCUCCAAUGAAAACAUAUCAUUCUCAACCUUCACCAUCAUACUCAAUCCCAUCAAAAUCUUUUUAUUCAUCCUCUCAAUCAAAUUAUUUAACUAACACUCCACAACAAGAAUUUGUUUUAUCCUCUCAAGAAAAAUCUUACUCUCAAGGUAGUGAUACUUCUUCAUCCUAUAAUCAACCUUCACAAGAAUACAAAUAUAGAGCAAAGAAAAAGUAUGUUGCAGGAGCAAAAAUUCAUGAGAAUUAA